AUAAAAUUCAUGUAUUCUUAAAUGAGAAUACAUUUCGAGAGGAUGGAUGAAGAAUAAUGUCUAGUGUCUCAUCAUGUUUAUUACCAAUUUCACUACUUAAUAAAGUUUUGUUAUAAAAAGUAAAAGUAAUACUCCAAGUCUGAAGUCUCCAUCUGUGCUAUGCAUUUUUUUUUGCCAUUUCGGAACAAUACAUCACAAAUAAAAGUAUGCACAUCCCAUUAAGCCGUGUGAAUCCGCAAAUCACAUAUAUAAAUACGACUUAUUAUAUAGCAUCAAAUUAAGUAGGGGAUUGUUGAAUAUUUGCGAUGGUGUGGGCGGAGUUAGAUGACAUAAAGCUGUCGACGGUGGUGCCGGCGAGCAUCACCGGCGAGGACAAGAACCACCAGUUGAGCGAUCUCGACUUGGCCUUCAAGUUACAUUACAUAACAAGCGUCCACUUCUUCGGCGCAGAUGCGGCGGCGGAGCUCACCAUCCACGACUUGAAGAAGCCUAUGUUUCCCUGCCUGCAGCUCUACUACCCUAUCUGCGGCCGACUUAGGCGCCACGACGCCCCCGCCCCCGCCCGCCCCUACGUUAAGUGCAACGACAGCGGCGUUCGGGUUGUGGAGGCCACCUGCGCCAAAACGGUGGCGGAGUGGCUCGCGGCUGUCCACGGCGGAGAUCACCAUCGCCUGCUGGUUUAUGAUCAGCCCAUCCUCGCUCAUGAUUUCGGCUUUACGCCGCUUGUGUUUCUGCAGUUAACGAAGUUCCAAUGUGGAGGACUGUGUGUGGGGUUAAGAUGGGCUCACAUUCUUGGAGAUGCAUUCUCAGCUUCAGAAUUCCUCAACAUGUGGGGGAAGUUUAUGGCCAAUGAGACCACGCCACGUCAGCUUCUCACAGCCCCCGCCAACCCCCCACACCCGAGCCCGCCCUCGUCUCUCUCGGCCGUGAAGCUACUGGACCCCAUCGGAGACGAUUGGUUAGCUCCCAACAGCUCCAAAAUGCAGACUCACAGUUUCCACAUCACACAGACACAGCUGAGCGACUUGCUGGCCAAGUAUAAGGCGGAGCCCUUCCAAAUCAUCUCAGCCAUUCUAUGGAAAUCCAUGGCUAAAAUAAGGGGGACUAAUAUCAUAACCGUGUGUAGAAACACAAAAAAUCAUGAUAAAAAUGAUCAUGAGAUGCCAAGCAACGCACGCCAUUUGAUUGGCGUGGUCGAAGCUGAAACAAGUAGCGUAAUCGCAGAGGCUGAUAUACUCGAAAUCUCUAAGCUGAUUGCUGACAAGUUCUUCGAUCAAACCGGCAUGAUCCAAAAACAAAUGGAGGAGGGAAAGGGGCUUCUCGAUUUUGUGGUGUAUGGAGCAAAUCUAACCUUCUUAGACUUGGAAGGAGUUGAUCUGUAUGGACUCCAGCUUAAGGGGAGACGGCCGCUUCUAGGCAGCAUAAGCAUCCGAGGGGUGGGAGACGAAGGGGCGGUGGUGGUGGCCGCGGAUGCAAGUGGAGGUGGACGGCUUGUGAAUGUGAUUCUGCCGGAAGAUCACAUCCAUCACUUGAAGAAUGACCUGAGGCUGGAUUGGGACAUUGUCUAAAACUUUUACAUAGAAAGGCAUGUCUAUUAUAUUGUGUGCGAUUCCUCCAUGUUUGUGUUAGUCUAUGUUUGCAAAAUAAUGUUUUUCAUCUUACAACUUUGAAUACAAAGUUCUACAAAUAAUUUUCAUAGUACAA